AUCAUAGGCCGCCAUGUUAUUUGUGCAUUGUCAUUGGCAGAAAACAGCAGACGCAGUAGCUAAUAAAUAAUACACGUAUAAAAAUAUAAAAGAAAAUGGCUAGUGGUGCUCUGUUCAGCAAUAACACCGCCCGCGGUGCCAGUAAAAAUCUAGUCGAAUUAAAAGCAGGAAAAAUGACCAUUAAGGGAAAAACAGUCUACCCGGACUCCAGGAAAGGCCUGCUGUACGUUUAUCAAGGAGACGAUGCUCUCAUGCACUUCUGCUGGAAAGACAGAACAUCCGGAGUCAUCGAAGACGAUUUAAUUAUUUUUCCUGAUGACUGUGAAUUUAAACACGUGCCUGAAUGUAAAACUGGGCGCGUUUACCUCUUGAAAUUUAAAUUGUCAAAUAAAAAAUUUUUCUUCUGGCUUCAAGAUGUCAAAGGAGAGAAGGACGAAGAACAUUGUAGAAAAAUAAAUGAAUAUUUAAAUAACCCGCCAACACCCAUACGAAGCAGUGAUAUGAGCCGGGACGGAGAUUUGCAGAAUCUACUGAACAACAUGUCCCAGCAGCAGCUGAUGCAACUCUUCGGCGGUGUCGGACAAAUGGGCUUAGGAAAUUUACUGGGAACAAUGAGAGAGCGGCCACAUAACUCACGAACCAGCACCACGACCCCGUCAACUCCGGUUACUACCAGCGCCACGAGACCUCCGGCAUCACAGACUCCAGCACCCACCACCGUGACUCCCAGCGAGACACCCAGAUCCAGCUCCGGUGGUAAAAGUUCAGGGAACAAAGCCCCGUCUUCAGCCUCAACCAAUCUGUUGGGAAGAACUCCAGCUCUCAUGGACGAUUCCCAUCUCUUUGAUCUCCAGGGUCACCUUUGGAAUUUCCCAAUGCCUCCUUCAGCGAACCAGACGGGUGUAGAGAUUGAGCUGACGAAUUCCAUCCCGGCGGCGAUAACGUCAUCAGAAAGCCUGGAGCGAACAAUGAGCAAGCACUUGCCAUCCGGGGACAGUCUGUGUACUACGCUGUCGUCCCCCCAGUUCUCCCAGGCGCUAUCAAUGUUCUGGUCUGCUUUGCAGUCGGGCCAGGGCGCUCCAAUGGUUCGUCAAUUCGGCCUGGGUCCGGACGCAGUCAACGCCGCAGCCACUGGCAACCUCGAGGAGUUCGUCACCGCCCUAGAAACCGAAGCCAAGAAAGACCAAGACCAGAGUUCGGCUUCCACCGCCUCCUCGAAUCAGCCAGAGGAUGACUCAGCCAAGGACACCUCAAAAACUCCUGCUAAGAAGGAUGACAGUAAGGACGAUGAAAUGGCGGAUUAAAUAACAUAUAUUAUUAUUAUCAUACACAUAUAUAUUGUAAUUUUUAUUUUCACUUUUUCAAUACACCAACUAAAUAUAUAUAUAUAUAUAUAUUAAAAAAUUGGUUGUUAGAUAAAUGUUAAUCUUUAUGCGCUUUCAUUAAAAUUCAUCAUUUAAAUUCUCAAAUCAUUGUCAUAUAAGUCAGUAAUUAAUAAAAAUAAACAUA